AACUCCAUGAGCACUAAGAGCGUAAAGAGCAUUUUUGGUCUUGGAAUACAAGAAUCUAAACAAUUAUUCUCACCACCGGAAUACAUUGAAGUAAAAGCAAGUUUUAUAACAGUAAAAGCAUCUGAGAAGAAGGAAGCAAUAAUGAACCCAUCACAACUACAAUUACUACAGGAUAAAUUCUCCCAACAAUUUGAAGAUUUUUAUGGAAGAAAAGACAAAAACUCGAUCGAAUGGCUCGAAGCAUUCGAACAAACUGCAGAAACAAAUAAUUGGACCAAAGAAAAAAGAAUAACAAUUGCUGCCAGAUAUCUUAGUGACCUAGCAGCAGACUGGUAUCGAGAAAACAAAGCAAAAAUUAAACAGUGA